GGAUUGGCAUAUUAUAGCAUAUAAGAAAUUUAUAGCAAGAGGAAUAUCUCAUGAAGAAGCCGAAAAAAAAGCUAUGGAAUUAAAGCUUAAUUCUGAAAUUAAGUCUUUACUCAAAAACCAUAUUAGUUAA